AUGGAUGCUGUCACGUCUAGCACAGUUGCUACCAUCUUGGCUCGGAAUCAUACUAGUGGACCAUCGGUUAUCCUUCUUAGUGAUGGGAGCGUCAUCGUUAGUGAUGGCUCUCAUGAUGACCUGGGGCCUCAGAUCAACCUCGUCAUCUGGGCCUUGACGGGCACAUCCUUUGGCUUCCUUGUUCUGAGGAUCUACUGCAAGGCCUUGCGUCAGCGCGGUUACUGGUGGGACGACUAUGUUUUGAUACUAGCUUGGGAUAAGAUAACCCUGGCUGCUGCAUCUGCGUUCACAUCAGCCUCUGUGAGCCUGGGCUACGGCAAGCAUCUCUGGGACUUCAAGCAGGAAGAGUUGAUUCGCCUCCCCCUAUUUGGACAGACAGCCGGCUUCUUCUCCAUCCUCGCCGCCCUCUGGAGCAAGACGUCCUUCGCCAUGACCGUUCUGCGGAUCUCGAGCGGCUGGAUCAGACGACUUAUCUGGUUCAUCAUCAUGUCUCUCACCAUCGUCAUGGGUAGUAGCGCGCUUUUCCAGUGGAUCCACUGCAUGCCGGUUGAGAAGACGUAUGAUUAUCGGGUCGAGGGAACCUGUUGGGCUCCCGGGAUCAUGGUUGGCUAUUUCAUGCUGACGACUAGUGAGUGCUGUUCUGUUCCCCAUGACAUUAUGUUACUAUUUACUGAUUUGAGUCCCGCUCAAGUUUGGUCGGGAACCAUGGACGUGGUACUGGCGCUUCUGCCCUGGAAGAUCAUAGGUGGUCUCGUGAUGAGCAGGAAGGAAAAGAUCGGUGUCAUGGUUGCCAUGAGCAUGGGCGUGUUUGCUGGUGCAGCGUCUCUCAUCAAAGCCACAAAGGUCGAAAGCCUCCGGAGUCCGGAUCCAGCGGACACGAUCGACCUGGUGAUUUGGGGCAUCGCCGAAGGCGCCAUCACCAUCAUUGCCGCUUCCAUCCCGAUCCUGCGAGCGCUACUCCGCGACCCCAACAAGUCCACCACGGACAACGUCUCUCAUUAUAUGGAACAGAAGCCGUCCCAGGCGGGUCAGGUUUAA